AUGAAACGAGCAUUGUGCACAGUUGUUGAUCGAGUGCAAUGUGGCGGUGUUGUCUCAUCAGUAACUAGGCGACGCGUGGAUGUGUAUGCAUGCCCAACAAAACUGCAUUCUGAGGAGGAAAAUCGGUGCUGUGAUCCGCCUGAAUUUAACUGCUGCCGAGAACCAACAUUUUUUGAGAACUAUUUAACUGUGAUAUUUUGCGUCGCUUUGGUAGCAGCAUUUGCGGCCCUGACUGCGCUUAGCACUGUGUGCCUAUGUUGGGAGAAGUGCCUCUUGCACAAACUUGUCCGCCGGAGACCAACGCUUGAUUAUAUGGCGCGACCGGAAGAAACGGAACAUUUGAAUGGAAUAAGCGUGCCAAGUGAACAUUCCGCAGAAAAGCGGACCUACGAGGUGAAUUCGGACAUCGUCUAUCGGCUCAACAAGGAUUCCCUGUGA